GAAGGAUGAUUUGGUAUUAAAUAAGUCGCAUGUUACAGAAUUAAAAAAACCUUAAUCAUCCUUUUGUCUUAAAGAGUGGGAGUCUAGAAGGAUGAUUUAGUAUUAAAUAAGUCGCAUGUUACAGAAUUAAAAAAACCUUAAUCAUCCUUUCGUCUUAAAGAGUGGGAGUCGUUGCGGAAUCGUUUUGGGUUCGUUGAUUCCGAUGGAAAAAGCCGCUGGUAAAGCUAUGGCAGUCCAAGGGUCCUUUGAAAUAUUCCAACGGCUUAUGAGCGAGGAUUCUUCUGGUGGGUGGGAGAAGAGUUGGGAAGCAGGAGCGACUCCAUGGGACUUGGGGAAACCAACUCCGGUUAUUGCGAAUCUCGUCCAGACUGGUUCAUUGCCUAAUGGCAGAGCUCUAGUUCCUGGUUGUGGAACCGGUUAUGAUGUUGUGGCAAUGGCCUCCCCUGAUCGUUAUGUUGUUGGACUGGAUAUAUCUAAAACUGCGGUUGAGCGAUCAUUAAAGAUGUUCUCCUCACUGCCUAAUGCGAAAUACUUCUCCUUCUUGAGUGAAGACUUCUUCACUUGGGAGCCAGCUGAAAAAUUCGAUCUCAUUUUCGAUUAUACCUUCUUUUGUGCCUUUGAACCUGGCAUGAGACCUCUAUGGGCACAGAGAAUGGAGAAACUUCUGAAACCUGGUGGAGAGCUUAUAACAUUGAUGUUUCCUAUCGAUGAAUGUCCUGGAGGUCCUCCUUACAGUGUAUCUGUGUCUGAAUACGAGAAGGUUCUAAUUCCGUUGGGGUUUGAGGCAGUCUCCAUUGUGGAUAACGAACUUGCUAUAAGACCACGCAAGGGAAUGGAGAAGCUUGGAAGAUGGAAGAAAUCUUCCACAUUUCACUCAACUUUGUAAAUUGUGAUCAUUACAGAAGCCCAUAUGCUUUUUUUUCUUUCACUGCAAAUAAUAUUUGUAAACACAAUGUGUGUAAUAUUCAACAGUUCCCUUUUAAAUCUUCUUUUAAUCAAUCAAAGGCGACAUUUGAUGGCUUUA